AUGCCAUCAGAGCGAACGUCUUUCUUCAGUCGGCUCCGGCCGAGCCCCGACGCAAGCGAGACGGCACCACCAGCAUACACUGCUGAGGACAACACGCCACAACCUCCCGGCGCCCAGGGCGGUCCGAGCAAUGCCACCGACCUUGAGGCCGAGGCGGCUAACCUGACCGCCGCAUUCGACAACCUCUCGCUUUCCAACACGCCAGGCGACCCCACCGUCGACAGUUGCCUCGCCCAUCUCAAGCUGUUGUUCGCGAUCCAGUGGAUGAAAGAGGACGUCGGUUUCUCUGAUGGGCUUUGGGGGCUGUGGGACUCGAAUGCUGGGCCGAUUGACCCCAUUCUGAAGGCACGGCCUGAGAAGGAGAAAGCGAGGGAGAAGAAAGAUGAGAAAGGAGUCGAGGAAGCUCAGGAGCCAAGCGUGGAGGAGAAGCUGCGAAACAAGAACCUCGAGAUGCUCAGCAAGAUCCGCGAGAAGCGAUGGGCUCUGUUUGUGGCCCGCGCUGUGGAUCGGUACGAGGCGUGGUGGGAGGCUCUCAAGAAGAUGACGGACGCAGUGCCGUUGUGUGAGGCCGAUAUGGUCAGUCGAGAGUCUUUGACGUAUGCCGGGUUUCCUAGCAACCCAUCGCCGUUUUUUAAGUGGCAGGAAUCUAUGCUUCCACCUCUCGACGUUCUCAUGGUGUGGCACACACACAUGCUGAACCCUCGCGCGUUUCUUGAGGACGCGAUCCUGGCUGGGAUGCGGGACUUCUGGGGCAUAGGCCUGCCGUGGGACUUGGUCAACAAGGCCAUUGACACAGACUUCAACUACAACGUCUCGCCCGAGUGCAAGAGUUUCUGGACCGGGAUGACUGGUCGGGCCUGGGAAAACCCCAACGACCCCAUGAGCAAGACGAUCCGAUGCCCUCGCUGCAGCACCGAUGUAGAAGUGCCAUGGACGACAUGCGAGGUUCCCGAAAACCGCACCUCCGAGAUCUUUGACAAUUACUCGGGCCAGGGCUACGGAGACUCCCAAUUCAGCUUCCCCUGUACGAAGUGCAGCGUCUGCUUACGAAAAGAGCUCCUCGCGGUCGACAAGUUCAUCCGGGACCACAAACUUCUCCUAGGCCCAAGCAACCGCCCGAUGCCAGGCACGAUUCUCGAUCCCAAGACGGGCCGACCAACGGCCCCUCCACCCGCCCGGAUGCCCCAUACGUUCCCGAACCGGAUGUUGAAGAGCGGGUGCGCGGCGAUCCGGAGCACCAUCACCUCGAUCGUGACCUCGCGGAGCAACUGGAAUCCGUCGAUGGAAGACGUCCGCCAGGCGAUCGACGCAGCACUUGCGGAAAAGGACAGCGCCAAAACGAUCGAUAAAAUGACCACCGGCGGUCGCUACCGGUUGCCGGCCGCCUCGCGCGUCGCGGUGCGCAAGAUGAUGUCGCGGUACUGGGAGAACUGCAGCAUGUUUGCAUUGGACCUGUCCGGUGCCGUUAUGCGGCAGGGGGUCUUUGUCGAAAAGAUGUGCCAGCUCGACUGGUUGCACAGCCCGUCGGCCCGUGACACCAUGGCCCGACUUCUGGUCAAGUACCGGCGGUUCAUGGGCAUCUUGACGGAACGCCCGGGCAACAUCGCGGUGCCGACGCUUGACGUCGACUUGGCCUGGCACACCCACCAGCUGGAUCCCACGCGGUAUUACGCCUUUACCGUCAACCGGGGCGGUCGGUUUAUCGACCAUGACGACAAGAUUGCGGAGAAUACGCUGAGCGAACAGUUUGAGUGGACCAGCAAGGUGUACCAGGAGUUGUACGGCGAAGUGUACAGCGAAUGCACUUGUUGGUAUUGCGAGUCUAUCCGCUCAUCGCUGGUGAGCUCCGUGGGCAGAGCGCUUGGAGUCUCGAAACAGGGGAAAGUUGCCGAAACGUUCCACAAAUCGGGCGCGGCCUCUCUUCACCCCCCUUCCUCCUCAGCGCACAUCUCCGCCCACCCGGCCGUCCUCCCCCGCACCCGCGGAUUCGUCAACGCCCUCGAUCCAGACGCCGUCACCGCCGGCCUCAACGCGUCCCACAACCGCAAACUCGACAUGGCGUACCUCAAAGCACGUGACCGCGCCAAGAAGAAAGGCCGUGAGCCUCCCCGUCGCGAGGAAGUCUACUACGACCACUGGGGGUAUCCGUACCUGUACGCCGCGCCGUACGCUUACCCGCUGUGGUGGACUCCCGGGCUGUAUUACGGGUGGUAUCCCGGGUAUGUCGCAGCAUGUGCCACGGGGGCAUAUGGAGGGUGUUGUAAUGGGACGUGUGGCGGUGGUGUGGCGGCUGGUGCUUGUGGCGGUGCAGGGAUGGCAGGUGGAGGUGGUUGUGGUGGUGGAGGGGGAGGAGGGUGUGGAGGGGGCGGAGGCGGAGGCGGAUGCGGAGGUGGAGGGUGUGGUGGUGGGUGA